AUGGAAAUAAUCUGCGCGGGUUUUCCGAAAACCGGCUCAAAAAGUUGCUCCAACGCGCUCAGAAUUCUUGGCUACAAUGUGGCCGAUCUCAGCGAAACCAUCCAUUUCAUGUCCGAAGUCUGGUACGAUUACAUGAAGGGCAAGUGCUCGAUUCAUCGCGUAAUCGAAGAAUACCAAAAACAUGGAUUUCAAGUGAACCAAGACGUUCCCUCCAAUGUCUUCUGGGAACAGCUCUACCACGCUUCUCCAACUGCAAAAGUCAUCCUAACGGUUCGUGACAGCUCAGAAGUCUGGCAAAACUCAUGGAACAAAUUUGCGGCGAGCUUUAAUACCCAGUUCGGCAACCCAGGAUUUUGGAUUUAUCAUCGAUUAAUUUCGAUGGGCUGGUCAAGUCCCAACAUGAAUCGAUUCAAUUGGAUGAUGCCGGAGUGCAUGAAAAUCGGGUUUUUGCGAAACUGCGAUCAGGAGUUCUUCCCGGCGCCUUGGCACAUUUUUACGGGGGAACAGCUUAUUCGGACGAUGCAGCCAUACUGGGAUGGGAUGGUCGACCAAUACGAAAAUCACAAUCGUCGAGUCCAAGAAAUCGUGCCAGCCGACCGCCUCCUCGUUUGGAACCCAAAAGACGGGUGGGAACCACUUUGUCAAUUUCUCAACAAGCCUAUUCCUGACUCGCCUAUUCCGCACGACAACAAAACGGUUGACAAAGAUUUCAUGAAGCGAUACUUGCUCGAAGGCGAUCCUGGCAUCGACGCUACCAAUUGGGCGCAGUGGUACAUGAAAAAAGCCAUUGUCAAGGUCGCUCUUCUCGCUGGACUGGCAAUUUACGAAAAGAAAAAUGACUUUCGUCUGACAAAAAAGCUACUUGAAUUUUUGAAAACGAAGGUGACCAAAUUUUUCUGA